AUGAGGGCGGCGGGCCGGCGCAUCCCCGCGGCGGCGGCCGGGGAGCCGGGGGGCGACACCCGCGGCGAGCACCCCCGUGAGCUCGGCCGGCCCCGGCCACCCCUGCCCCAGCCCGGGCCCGCCUCGCCGUGUCCCCUCGGGAGCCCAGGCGUUCCCCGCGACUCCUCGCUGAUGGCCCCCGGCACGGCGGCAGGGCAGAAAUGUGUAUAUGUUGAGCCACCUAGGAGAGUUAAAGAAAUACUGGAGGAACACUUUCAUUUUCAGAAAGAGGAAUGCAAUGUUAAACAUCCAGCUGCAGUGGCUCUGGAAGGAGUUUGGAAUGUGAAGAACAAUUUCUCCAUUAGAAGCCUGAAACCAGUGUCACAGAACAGCAACGAUUUACUUUUACAGCCUCAAUUCUACUCAAGACAUGCAAAAAUGAAAAAUUGCUGAAUGUCAGUGCUGUGAAGACCUGAGCCUGCUUUGAUGUGUCAAAUCAAACAUCAGCAUAACUAGCUACCUUUGGAAAUG